CUGAUACUGAAUGGUGUGCGGAGGGUGAGUCGGCUCGCGACUCACUGACGCCAGGGAGAGCAGCCCGAGCCAGGCUGUGUGGAGGUUUGGAAACGAGCUGCGCAGCGCACCCGCACCGCAAUCGCUUCGCAUAGGAGUUGUCCCGACCUGCCCUGGAGACCAAGGACUGAGCCCCACCGCUGAUCUUCCUGCUGUGGCCGAGGGAGAGAGAGCCUACGCCAGCCCGCUCACCUGACCGUCGCGAGAGGGAGAGACCGCAGCGUCACAGGAGCAGCUCCAGGGAGGGGGCGGGCGGGGGGCCAUGAACGUCACCAGCCUGUUCUCCUUCACCAGCCCGGCGGUGAAGAGGCUGCUGGGAUGGAAGCAGGGCGACGAGGAGGAGAAGUGGGCGGAGAAGGCGGUGGACGCCCUGGUGAAGAAGCUGAAGAAGAAGAAGGGGGCCAUGGAGGAGCUGGAGCGGGCGCUCAGCUGCCCCGGCCAGCCCAGCAGCUGCGUGACCAUCCCCCGCUCGCUGGACGGCCGGCUGCAGGUGUCCCACCGCAAGGGCCUCCCGCACGUCAUCUACUGCCGAGUGUGGCGCUGGCCUGACCUGCAGUCCCACCACGAGCUCAAGGCCCUGGAGUGCUGCGAGUUCCCCUUCGGCUCCAAGCAGAAGGAUGUCUGCAUCAACCCCUACCACUACAAGAGAGUGGACAGUCCCGUGCUGCCCCCUGUGCUGGUGCCCCGGAACAGCGAGUUCAACGCCAAGCACAGCAUGCUGCCCCGCUUCCGCAACCCCCUCCACCAGACGGAGCCCCACAUGCCCCACAACGCCACCUUCCCCGACUCCUUCCCCCAGGCCGGGGGCCUGCCCUUCCCCCUCUCCCCCAACAACAGCUACCCCAGCUCUCCUGAAGGGGGCAGCAGCUCCACCUUCCCCCAGUCCCCGUCCAGCUCCGACCCCGGCAGCCCCUUCCACAUGCCAGCAGAAACCCCCCCGCCUGCAUACAUGCCCCCAGAAGAGCAGGUCACUCAGGACUGCCCCCAGCCGAUGGACACCAACCUGCUGGCCCCACCCCUGCCAGUAGAGAUAAGCAGUAGACCAGAUGUUCAGCCUGUUGCCUAUGAGGAGCCCAAACACUGGUGCUCCAUUGUUUACUACGAGCUGAACAACCGCGUGGGAGAGGCCUUCCAGGCCUCGUCCACCAGCGUGCUGGUCGACGGCUUCACCGACCCAUCCAACAACCGCAACCGCUUCUGCCUCGGCCUCCUGUCCAACGUCAACCGCAACUCCACCAUCGAGAACACCCGGCGGCACAUCGGAAAAGGCGUGCACCUGUACUACGUGGGGGGCGAGGUCUACGCCGAGUGCCUGAGCGACAGCAGCAUCUUCGUCCAGAGCCGCAACUGCAACUACCACCACGGCUUCCACCCCACCACCGUCUGCAAGAUCCCCAGCGGCUGCAGCCUCAAGAUCUUCAACAACCAGGAGUUCGCCGAGCUGCUGGCCCAGUCCGUCAACCACGGCUUCGAGGCAGUGUACGAGCUCACCAAGAUGUGCACCAUCCGCAUGAGCUUCGUCAAGGGCUGGGGUGCAGAAUAUCACCGCCAGGAUGUCACCAGCACCCCCUGCUGGAUCGAGAUUCACCUGCACGGCCCCCUGCAGUGGCUGGAUAAAGUGCUCACUCAAAUGGGCUCCCCCCACAACCCCAUCUCUUCAGUGUCCUAGACCUAACUGGGAACAUUGCUGGACUACAUCAGUUGCCUGGACUGAUCUGAGAACAGUGCUGGACUGCAUCCUAUAUUGAAAUGAGUGCCAGUACUGGGCUUUUU